UUACAGAGUAUCCCAACUUAUAUAAAGGACCGAUGACUUUUUUCUGUACUUAGCAAAACUAUUAAACAGUUGUUAUGUCGGUUUACUCGUUUUCUGAAGGCAGUUCCGUUGCCAAGGCACUUGGACAAUAUGUGAAAACUAAAUAUGAUGCUGCUAUGGCAAAGCACGGAAGAUUUACAUUGGCUUUGAGCGGUGGUAGUUUAGCCAAGGUACUUGCUGAAGGAUUAUCACAGCAAAAAGACAACAUUGAUUUUUCCAAAUGGGAAGUUUUCUUUGCUGAUGAACGUAUUGUUCCAUUGGAGGAUGAAAAUUCAAACUAUGCUCUUUGCAAAGAAGUUUUAUUUGACGUAUUACCUGGCUUUGUACCUGAACAAAUCCAUACAAUUGAUACCGAAUUUUUGAAACAGAAGCCCUUGGAUUCCCAAGCUGUUGCUGAUGAGUAUGAAAAGCAAUUGGUUCACGUCUUUGCCAAUGCUUCUACUGUCAAAGUACCUGUAUUCGACUUGAUGUUGUUGGGUUGCGGUCCCGAUGGCCAUACUUGCUCUUUGUUUCCUGAUCAUGAGCUUUUGGAAGAAGAUGUUGCUUGGGUUGCUCCAGUUACUGACUCUCCCAAACCUCCCAAGGAACGUAUUACUUUGACCAUUCCUGUCGUUACCCAUGCUUUAUCUGUUGCUUUUGUAACAACAGGUGCUGCUAAACAGGACAUUCUUCCCGUUGUUAUCGAGGAUACUACAUCCAGAUUACCUUCUGCUUUAAUUUCUCGUGCUCAUCCCGAUCGUGUUAGCUGGUUCUUGGACGACGAUGCUUCUGCUAAACUCGACAAAUCCGUUUUACGUGUUUUCCCCUUUCAAUAAAUGUUACGAGUGAUACGAUCAAAAUAAAUAUGUUAUCUUGUUUUUAAAGGACUUUUUCUUACCUUUGUUAGUUUUACGAUUUUGUUAGAUAACCAAGUCUUUACGGAGACUAUUAUAAAUAGUAUAUUUUGAUGUUUACGGAUUUGAAUAAAGAUUCUGGGUUAUUUUUUUGAUUCUUCAUUCUAUCUUUGUAUACCUUUCACAUUUAAGUAGAAUCUAUACUAUUAAUUUUGCCAGAAAACUUGUGAAGGCAUAUGUGUAC